UGAUGAAUGCAACAAUGGUAAUGGUACGUUGGUGUGUGGUGGAUGCGUUUGUAAUCCUUCCGAUAUGGCAGGAAGUGUGAAUGUAGCAGUGAUGAUGUGGAAAUCGCAGACGAUGACGCAUUAUGUAAAUUAACAAAUACUUCUUUAGUAUGCUCAGGACGUGGAGAGUGUUCAUGUGGUGACUGCAUUUGCUUUCCUGGAGUAAAAAAAUGAUCAGUAUUUCUCUGGACCAUUCUGUGAGUGUGACAGUCUGUCCUGUGAUAGACACAGUGGUGAAAUAUGCGGAGGUGAUCGUGGUGAGUGUGUGUGUGAUGAAGUCCUUCACCAAAGUGUCUGUAAAUGUGAUAGUAUGUGGACAGGUUCUGCAUGUGAAUGUCCAUCAUCUAACGCUGCAUGUGUGGCAUCAAAUGGAGAAUUAUGUAAUGGUGUAGGUGAAUGCAUAUGUGGUGUUUGUAAAUGUAAUUCUACUACUUUAUACAAGGGACCAACUUGUGAGGAAUGUACUAUUGGAACUGAUUACCCAGGACUGUGUGAAGUGAAUAAAUGUAAAAACAGUAAAGCUUGUGUGCAAUGUAAAGCUUUUAAAUCUGGUAACUUAACAAAAGAAGAGUGUGAUGAAUGCCCAUACCCAGUGCAGAUGGUUAAAGACCUAGAGAUUGGUGAAGGUGCUGAUGUGUGUCGUUUCCGUGACGAUGAUGACUGCUUAUUCUCAUUCAUUCAAGGGCAGUUAGAGAAUGGAACUCACAUUUUAUAUGUUGAUGAAGACAAAGCAUGUCCUGUUGCUGUGAAUCCAUUAUUCAUUGUAUUGGGUGUAGUGUUAGGUAUUUUAUUUAUUGGUCUGGCUCUGCUGUUGAUCUGGAAAUUGCUCACUACUAUCCAUGAUAGAAGAGAAUUUGCAAAAUUUGAAAAGGAAAGGAUGCAAGCAAAAUGGGAUGCGGGUGAGAAUCCAAUCUACAAACAAGCUACAUCAACAUUCAAGAAUCCAACGUAUAAAGGUGCUGCUUUGUAACAAGUUUAUAACAAGUUUGUAACUAGUCUGUAAUAUGUUAAAGAAGUUUGCACAUAGCCAAAUUACCAAGUUUGUAAAGUUAGUGACUGUAUGCCUCAGGCUAUAGCAGUGACAUUAUGUGAUGACAGUGACUGAAAUGUGAUGACCAUCACUACUAGAAAUUAAUGUUGUAGGUCCCCUUGGGAAAUUAAUGAAAGUGUGUCUCUUGCGAAAUUAAAACAAUUUACAGUACAAGAAGCAAUGUGGCUGUCCCAUAGUUAUUUAAUAUAGGGUUUUUUGGCAAAUCCUUCAUUAACAAUUAAAGUUCUCAACAUCAAUGUGGGGCAUGU